AUGAUCUACCAAAUUGCUCAAGGCAAUCCUGAAGGAGUCGACUCCUCAGUGCCCCUGAACCUUGGGGCAGGUGUCAUGCUCGACAAAGAAGACCUCGACGAGGUGUAUCUUACAAGCCCCCCCCAAGCAAUUCUCAACGACGUGAUGAAAAUUCGCGCCUCCAUCGACGGCAUUCAAAGCUGGAUCACACAACUCCCAACGAGGCACAAGGGCAACUCGCAAAGACCCCAUGCGCUCAGCAGACUCACCAUCAAUGACUUGCACGGCCUCUUCACCACAGCUGAGCUGGCCACUGUUUCCCCCAAGGAAGAGCGUCCAGUGCGUGACCCUGCUGGCUGCUCCGUCCGCCGUGGCCUUGAGGAGCCCGUCCACAAACAUCAGCAGGCGUUCCCCCAGUUCUGCCGGCUUCCUGGCGAGUUGCGACGCAAGAUCUGGCGCAUGUUUGCCCCUGGUGGCCGCAUAUUUGAGCCGUUUUUUGAGCACAACCGCCCUUUGCCUCAUGGUCAAUUCACCAGCCUCAAAGCCCAUUACGACGUCGAUCAGAACGACCCAUACGUGGUUAAGCUGAAGGAACGGCAUCCACCUCCGGUUGUGCGUAGGGUGUGCCGCGAGUCCCGCCAAGCUUGUGACGAUAUCGGCGGCUUCCUUUUCGGCAUCAUCCGCAACACUCGUCGAGGAUUUUGGUUCAACUACAUGGAAGACAUUGUGCUCCUCGACUCCGGCACCUUAAAGCAUGUGGGUCAGCUAUUUCUCGGACAGGUGCGGAACGUGGCCAUCUUCUACAGCCAGCUCAGGUACGAGGCUGAUUGUGAAAUAUUCAUCCAUAUCGUCGGGAAAUAUCUGGACCAAUGCCGCAACGUCCUGGUCCUCUGCUGCAACGACUUCACCGUCAAUUCCAUCUGGGGCAUCCCAAGCCGCUGCUCGCUCACCCUGCACCCAUUGGGGGAUCUUGACCUCGUCUACAAGCCUGAUUAUUACUCCUACACUUUCACUUGCACCAAUGAUGGCGAGGUGGCCUGGAUGGAUUUUCGCCAUGUCGUUCUCCAAGUUUGGAAAAGGCUUCUGCGUCAUGAGGGUUUCUCGCGGGUCCCGCCGCAGCCCAUAGGAAUCGAUGCCAUCAUUUCCAAAGAGGCGUUCGAAGAGCACAAACCACCCGCUGGCCUGCUCUUGGCCUAA